CGUCAGAGCUGGAUAAGCCAAGAUGAUCCAAUUAAAGACGAUAUUGAAUUGCAUCGACAACUCUGGCGCGGCCAUCGUCGAAUGCGCCCAGAUCGUUGGCCAGAAGCGACACGCCUCCAUCGGCGACAGGAUAGUGGUAGUGGUCCAAAAACAGCGCGGCGCCCAGGCCGAAGGCAUGGCCGGGUCCUCGGGCGCCAAGGUCAAGCGCGGCGACAUCCGGCACGCGAUCGUGGUCCGGACGAAGCAGAGGGUGCAGCGCCGAGACGGCAGCGUGAUCCGGUUCGAUGACAAUGCCUGCGUCCUUAUCAACAAGGCUGGGGAUCCGAUCGGCUCACGCAUCAACGGCGUCGUGGGGUCGGAGCUGCGGAAGAAGAAGUGGAGCAAAAUUCUCAGUAUGGCGCCCAUGCAGGCAUAGUUCUUGUUGGUUGGGCGAAUGGAGAACGGGUGGACGUUAUUCAGGGCAUGGAUGGAGGUAUACGUUGGUCUUGGGCUGGCGGAAGUAUCCUGACGGCCGGUUGGGGCAGACGUGGGUACGACGAUACAAAUACUUUGCAGCACAACUGCCAGAGAGGCUGGCAUUAAAACGGCGUUGGCGCGUCGUGUAUACUUUAUUGUACAACCUACGAUAGAGAAAACUUUGAUCUCCCACGAUCUCGUUCC